UAUACGCAUGUACUUAAAAGACAGGCAGCACCAUUCAGACACACGAGCCCAAACAACAGUGUUUUAUGGAUGUGUGAGCACUAGGACCGCAGCUGAGGACUCUCGGAGUGCGGGAAGUGCGGACCAUGGCGGCUGCCACGAGCAGCACAUCUACAGCCACGCUACCAUUAAAACACACCGAGCUCAUACGGAAACGCAUCGACCCCAGGAGGAGGCAAGCCGCGCUCUCUUUCCUCAGUAACAUUUCCCUGGACGGACGGCCCGUGCAGGACGAUGCAGACAAUCAGACCGAGGAGGAGGGCUCACUGGAGCCUAGGACUAGACAGAGCCUGGUUUCUCCGGAGCGAUGCGUGUCCGCGGCAAGCGCCAACACGGUCGCUCUUGCAAACCAGGCUCUCCUUUCGAGCAACCGAGCCACUUACGGGACGGGUCCCCCCACCCCAGGAGCAGCAGGGGCGCCUGCGUGCACAGACAACACCGAGGGAGACGCGUUCCUGCCCUCCGCCCUCAGCUCGCCCUUCUCCGCGGUGCCCACGUCAGCCAGAGGCAGGCUGCAGACCUACACUCAGGGAAUCAUGCCCGCGCCCUACUCCAGGCAGUCCUCCCACAACUACUGCCUGGAGGGCGGUCAGAUAGAGCUGCAGAGAUCCAGACGAAGACUCAUCUCACAGCGCUCGUCACUUGAAACACUUGAGGACAUUGAGGAGAAUGCUCCUUUACGCAGAUGUCGCACUCUGUCUGGUUCACCUCGACCAAAGAGCUUCAAGAAGGUGCACUUCAUCAAGAACAUGAGGCAACACGAUACUCGCAAUGGAAGGAUAGUCCUUGUCAGUGGCAGAAGAUCCUUCUAUAGUGUAUUUUCAGUGCUGCCCUAUCGAGAUUGUAGCCAAGCAGGGGACGUGAGGCUGGAGGGCGGGAGGCAGAGGCACCCGUCUGGAGGAGUCAGUGCCAAAGAGAUGGUGAUCGGGCUGGAGGGAGUCGAGCUGGGAGCAGAUGGAAAGACUGUGUCGUACACCCAGUUCCUGUACCCCACAAAUGUCCUGGGCGGAGGCAGGAGGAACACCAUCGACUCCACCUCGUCCUUCAGCCAGUCCCGAAACGCCAGCCACCGCAGCCUGAUCCUGAACCGGGCCAACAGUAACCAGAGCAGCUUAGACACAGGGAACGAUUUUGGAGAUUUUCGAGAAUAUGACCCCAACCUUUUGGACGAUCCGCAGUGGCCUUGUGGGAAACAUAAGAGAGUCCUCAUCUUCCCUUCAUAUAUGACCACAGUGAUCGAAUAUGUGAAGCCCUCGGACCUGAAGAAGGACAUGAAUGAAACUUUCAAGGAGAAGUUCCCUCACAUCAGGCUCACACUCAGCAAAAUCAGGAGUUUGAAGAGGGAGAUCAAAAAACUGGCCCAGGAUGAGUGUGGAUAUGAGGAGCUGACUGUGGCCAUGGCAUUCGUCUACUUUGAGAAACUGGUUCUUCAAGGCAAACUGCACAAACAGAACCGUAAACUGUGUGCGGGCGCGUGUGUGCUGCUGGCGGCCAAGAUCGGAGGAGAUCUGAAAAAACACGAGGUCAAGAUCCUAAUCGAUAAACUUGAAGAGCGUUUCAGGGUAAACCGCAGGGAGUUGAUCGCCUUUGAGUUUCCCGUCCUGGUGGCUUUGGAGUUCAACCUGCACCUGCCCGAACACGAGAUCAUGCCCCACUACAGACGCCUGCUGCAGACCUCCUAGCAUUAGUGUCCCAUCAGGAGGAGGGGCACCCUGCUCCCCUCCUGAUCAAACCUCUACCCCCAAAGCCCACCUACAAACCCAUCAACACCUGCCUGAUCCCAAACAACCUCCAGUUAGCCAAAGCCGCAUCAGUGGUUCUCAAACUCUCUACUGGAUUUCUCUCAAUACUAAAGACGUCACAAUAGCAAGUUUUGUUGUCUUGAAGAACCAUUGCGAUUUCAUAAUUAUUCACGAUUAUCAAUGUUACGACAGUAAAAUCCUUAACUGUCUUUUAUUUUGUCUAUUAGAUCAACAUUCCUCAGUAUGUUACCACUUCUAUAAAAUAAAACGUUUGUGAGCAUUUUACAUUUAAGUGAAGUGAAAUUUAAAAUUUUUGCUUAUAAAAUUUCAGAAAUUUUGUUUUUAUUAAAUAUAUUAGUGUAACCUGAAUAACAAUGAUCAGUUAACCCAAUAAUCUUGAUCCCUACUAAACACUAAAACAAACCUAAAUCGGAUAAAUGGGAAUAAAAACAUACAAAAGUACUAAAUAAAACUAGUUUCAAACGAUUGAACAGAUUCUAAUUUGAGUACUCCAAGAAGAACUGUACCACCGUUUGAGAACCACUGCUCUAUAUCAUUCAUUCAUCACUACAGACUCUUGCUUUCUUGUGUAUUUUACUCCUCUUGUUGAUUAAGAGAGAUUUUAAGUUUGAUUUUGGACUUUUUCUAAUUUAAACCAAUGAUUGUAACAUUUUUACGAUCUUUCAACAAUUCCUUUUUUUCUACAAGCGUUUGCCUCUCGACCUGGUUUUUCUGGCUAGACUGUUAUUUCUAGAGUGACUCAUCGUUUUGCAAGUCUUCUAAGUGCACUUUUUAUAUAGAGCAAGACGCGGGAGGAGGAUUUUUAACUCGCUUUGGGACUAACACUGAAAAUAAAGCUGUUUUAUUAGCACCACAAGUCAUUACCAUGGAUUACUGUAACUUCCACAGUUUUCUAACAGCUCCUCUGCAUGAUUGUACACAAGUUUGCAACCCCACGAGGACUGAGCUUUUCACCAAGUCUUUUGUACCUGGACACGCCCCCACGCUGUGAUCAGUGUCUGAUUUGAGUGCUCUAUGUUAGAGUGAAUCGCUAGCACAUUGACUGUGCUGAAUAAGGGUCUGGACUGAAGUUCUGGAGAUGUCCAAGAGUGCAAAAAAAGCCACAUUAAAGAAACAUUAUACAAGAGGUACAGAUCUAGUUCUGUUUGAACAGUACAUGUAACACAGUUCUACCUAUGGAGAAGCAGACAGGAGUUAUGGUGAAGACAUUGGUAAAAGCAAAACAGCAUGCUUUUUUUUUUUUUUGUUGCCAUUUCUGCCAAAGCAAAUUAUCUAUCUCUCACUGUAUUCUUGUUUUGGCUUUGUAUACCAGAUGCCCUUACUGGCUCAAUCCACUGACAGGUAGGAAGAACUAGGAAGAUUUAUAACAGUAUAUGCUGUACAUAAUUUGCUUCAGUACAUACAACAUGUGUUUGUGCUAGAACAUAAAAAACAAGAUCUCAAGUAGUUUAGCAAUAAAUUAAAAUGCAUAUACAAAAUUACAUUUAUUGCAUACUGUGUAUGCCUCCUCUAAAGACGCUCUUCAUUGUUUAACUUAGGCAGUAGAACAUGUAGCUUUAUGGCCCUGACUUUGUUAGUUCAUGUCAAUAUAUAUUUUUGUUUAAUGUUUUGGUGCCAGAAUAGAAUUUGGUGCUUUAAACAAGCUGUUUUUAUGGCAACAAUAACACAUUUAUGUCUAAAAACACUGAUGCCUGCCUACCCUGUCCCAUGUGACCCUAAAGUAGGUCAGUGUGUGGCCCUGAAUCUUAAUAAAGUCUCACUAAUUAAAAGUACUUGAGAUAUUUUCUGUCUGCUUCUCCCAAAAACAUGGUCUUAAAUUGAACCUCUUCAGCCCUCUCGUCUUUAAACCAUCUGAAGUCCCUCCAGACACAGUGUUACGUUUUAAAUGAAGUGCUUCUCAAGUGUCCAAACAUAGGACAUAUUUCCAUUAUUGCUUUGGCUUUUUACAAUAAGGGAUUUUAGUAACACAUUUCACACAAAACUUAAAUUCCAUUGUGAUUCUGUGUACUAAUAACUUCAAAAUCUGGCAUGUGUCUUAAUUUUAUUCCAUUAUUGAAUUGCCUUUGGGCGCAGGCCUACUUGAACAAUAUUACCAAUGCUGCUUGAAGUAAUUUGAUUUUUCACUUAAAGCUAAUUGUAAUGGAGGAAGCAUGUAGGAGUGAUUUAAAGUGUAAAAAUACUGAGCUUGUUUCUAUUUGCAAAGAGUCCAAAGAUGUAGCUUUUUUUUUAGAAUGGGGAGGAACUCAUGGGCAACGUCACCUGUGUAUGUAUGUAAAUAAACUCAUUGUUCAAUCUCAAAA